AUGGCUCCCAGCUUACAAGACUUGAUUGAUCAUCUUCUCGCGGAGAUUGCGCUCUGUGGCGACCAAGGCGCAUCUCCCGCGGAUAUCUUGACUUUCAUCGACGCAUUCUACUCCAGGGAAGCCCAAGAGACAUCUGCACGGAGUCAUACUGUGGAUCGCCCAUUCCAGGAAAAAGUCUGGUCUUGGUUGACAAGACACCCAGAGGUCUCAGUCGGCCGAGAUCGAGAGAGCAAUCACUUGCCCCUGAAUGAUGCUGAGCGACUCGUUCAUGAGGCGGAUCCUGACCAUGCGGUUCGGGUUUUCGUCUCUAGGGAAAGGAGAUGGCUAGCGGUGGCUGGUCAUGAGCCGGAUGAGACCAAAGUCCUUCCCUUGGAAUUCGCACUUCUUUCCAUCAUUGCGUCCCAUAAAUCCAAUGGAAUCUUCCAAACAGAUCUAGUGAGACUCAGUGGCCAGGAUAAGCGUUCCGUCCCCAAGCGGACCGACAUGCUACAACAGAAGGGGUACAUUGAGAAAAGGGCGAUACAGAUCAAGUCCGUGCGGACCAGUCUGUGCGUGCUGCGAAGAUUCUCCAAGUGCGACCUCUCUGGUGCAGGCACAGCGGCCGAUCGGGAAGAGCGCCUUAUCGACUUUAAGGACUUCAGCGACAAGCUCUUUGCCAUCCUUCGGGAGUACAAGAUUAUUUCCCGCACCGACCUCAAGAGGGUUCUCGGGUUCGCCGAUCCCUGGCGAUGGAGAGUUCUCUCCCGAGCACUGCGCAAAUUCGAACGUAUCGGUGUGCUCAAGCGCGUUAGGGCGACGUCACAGUAUGCGGAUGAUAUGAAGAAGCUGCAUCCCUGUGUGAUGCUUAUUCGCGAGCCGACGGAAAGGGACUAUGAGCUAUUCCAUGAAUAUAGCGCAAGUAUUUACACCAACCUCGAGCAGGAGGAUGGGUUAGAGCUGGAAGACGGUUCAGGUGCAGCUGAUGCCAGUGAAGAUUUCUCCUCUGCGGGGAUCCACAAAGCAGUUGGUAUGGUCAAGCAAGAAGGGGAUGUGGAGGAGGCUGGUCGAACGAUUCCUGCUUGGUCUCCGGAUCGCAACAUACAUAAUCAGAUAUUCGACAUUGUCGACCAAGCGGGAACCUCUGGCAUUACCAACCAAGAUCUCCUCCGAGCUGGUUUCGGGAGCUUCUUCCGCAGACCACUGGAAAACACAUUGGCCCGGUUAGUGGAAUGCUGGCAGCUGUCGCAGCCCCUGCACCUGCGCCGUCUAGCCAUUGUGCGAGACACGGCACUUGAAAAGACCAUCACACAUUAUAUUCAUUACUCUACGGCGAACUUCCAAAAACUCGUUGAUGCCGGAGAGGCAUCGUGGGAAGCUGUCGAGUUUGUCCCCAGGGACACCAAGGCAGAUAAAAUUCGUGUACCGCCCGUCGAUGCUGUUCCCGAACUGGAUGAAAAUGGAUUGCCCAAAGCUGUCCCUACGAAGGAUCUCGUCAAGAAUGGCAAUGCGUCGCUUCUGGCUGGCAUCUUGGUAGUCAACCCAGCGGAUUACAACUGCACUGGACAUGAUCCUACGCCGGUACGGCUGAAGGAUGGUAGCUAUAUAAUACGUUUCGGCGUGCCACGCAUGAAUCGAACCGGGCGUCCGAAGGGGACCCCGAACAAAGUAAAGCUCGAAGAUGAACAUCUGUCUGAGUUGGAAACAGUUCCCGAGCAAGACCCCGGGACUAUCAGGCGCUUGAAGAAAGCACAACGCGACGCAGAGAGAUUUCGAGGAAUGUCUGAAAAAGAGAAACUCGAGGCGCUGGGACUGGACGAAACGUGGACUGAAUACAGUGUCUUGCUCAUUGAGCGCACAAAACCUGGUGUGUACAUCACCCCUCGCGGACGACGCAGACCAGCGGGGAAACGACAAGGUCGUCCGAGAAUCUCCCGCCUUGCAGUUUUCAAGUCUCCAAAACUAGCAACACUGCCUUGGUUCACUGAGAGCCAGGGAGGUGAACCAGAAGAUGAGGCUGCUAGCACCAUUCAACAAGUUUCUCGUGCCCAAAGUGUUGAACAGACCCCUGUUACCUCAUUUACCGCGAUCAAUACCCCUGCAACGACUUCUUUAGCGCCAGACACUCCUUCGAGAGGUACGAAAAGAACGCUCCGAAGUCAGAUUCACCUCGAGGCAGAACCUGAGCCGAAUCAUGAAAGACAGUCUAAACAGCGACGUCUUGAAGACACCGAGGUUUCUCAAGAUGUUGCUGAGGCUGAUGUCUCAAUGUCUGAGGAACCAUUGUCAGGUGGACAGAGGACUGGUGAGCCAGCCCCUUCUCGGGCCAACAAACGGAGAAGAGAAGCGUCUCCAAUUCCUACCAAGGAAGAUGGUGCAGUCCACAAGAGCAUGCAAGGGCUAGACACUGAGGUGGCACAAGUUCCGCCAACAGCAGAAAAAAAGCAAGUCGCCCUGUCGCGGCCUCGUGAAAUCUUAGAAACACCGUCCAAAAAGCCUCGAUAUGAACCUCAAGCUCCGCGAGUUGAAGAAACUGCCUCAACCCUUUCUCCGGCAGCCACGAUGGAAAAUGUCGCUGAGCAGCUUGCUCCAGCAGAGCCUCCCAAGGCCGAGAAUGGAGAAGACCGCCCGGUUGACGCAGAAGCAAUGGACACGCCAUUGGAAGGCACAGCUCAUGAGGACAUGGCGGUGGAUGAGGACGCCCCAGCUGCAACUGCCGAAUCAGGCACUACUACUAUUAACGUCCAAGAAGCCGAUGCUAUCGACCUCAAGCCCACUGACCAGACACAAGACGUUGAGCAGCGCGACGUAUCGCAGACGCCAGAGGGGCAGAGACAGCGCACAAAGAGGCCAGACAAAGUCGGCUCUGUUGCGGUCUUACGUAGGAGCAUCAUCAUGGAUAUUAUUGAGAAAGCUGGAGGCGCGUACUCCAUGGGUACCGAAAUAUGGUACCCAUUUGCAACUGCAUGGAAGAAGACCAGAUACAAGGAAAAGCCCGACAUGCGCACAAUCAAGACAUCUGUUAAACACAUGAUUGAUGCAGGCAAACUUCGGCAGUUCACAUUCAGCGGGAGGGACAGCAAAGGGGUAAUGGUAACAAAGAGUAUUAUCGCCAAGCCUGAAUUGCAGCCUGACGAUCCGAUAAUCAAAGACUUGCAGCACGAGAUGCUUACCACAACAGCCCGAUACUACUUCCCACCCGGCGUUGAAGUGGAUCCUGAAAUGACAAAAUCAGGUGCGAAAAGUGCAAAGAGUACGCCGAGCGGCGAACCCAAGGUGGUGAAACUCCCUAUUGAGCGUGGGAUUACCGUGCAUUUACAUCAAAAGCCAGCCUUUGUCCUGGCUCUGGAAAAGAGAAAGGGACAAAGCAUUCAACGACGGCUACUGCAGCGCCUCCAGGCAGAUACGGAGAUUCGACGUCCCUCUGGAGUUGUUCGACUCGCCAAACUUCAGCGAGGGGCCGCACGGGAUUCUCUGGAACGCGAUCUGACGCCCAUCUCCAGGGACCGAGAAAAGGGUCAGCGACGAAAACGUAUCCUGAAGCAUCGCACCCCAGCUGGAGAAGAAGGAGAAGAGGAAGCCCCCAGAGCUCCCCGCAGGUUGAAACGCCUCUGGAUGCCUAUUUCACUCAUGGCACCUUAUGCGAUGCUCAUGAAUACAGUGCAGACGUUCCAUUCAAGUACGGGCACCUUCUCGACAGAGGCCGGGCUCGUUGCGCUCCGAGCUGCGGCCGUUGCUCGUGCAAGAGCCGCCUUUCGAUUCCCGAAAUCUCUGGAUGACCUGUUGGACCAGGUAAAAGGACGCCCAGUAGACUUCUCUGGGACCGUGGAUCCCCGGACAAGCAAGUUCUUCUGGGAGACCGGUGGGAUUUUGAGGUGGGAGCUCCAAAACGAAGAAUUCAUACUUGAAAGACGGGCAGAAGAAGGCCAGGAGUUUCCUUUUAUCGAUCAAACCUUUGAGGAUUUUCCAGAGGAAGUCCCGAUAGAAGGGGAUAUCCAGAUUGAAAUUGAUCGGAGCGCCUAUCCUAGGGUGCGCGUUCCGAGAAUCAGGAAGAUCAGAGAAGCAGCUCGCCGUUUGGAAUUACUGGAACCUGAGAAACCUCCACCGGAAGAGGUAGAGGAAUCGGAAGAGCCUUCGGAAUCAGAAAUUUCCUCUGACUCUGAAGAUUCUGACGACUCGCUGGAUGCAGUGGAUCUGCUGUUCUCCGCUGACUCACGUAGACGGCGCAACAACUACGUCCCGCAAAACCGUCGCUUGGAGAAACUGAAUUAUUCACUAGCUGCGAAAGGACCCGAAGAUGUCGUUGUGGCAAAAGCGCCAAACCGACCGUCUGCCCGCCGGAAUCGAGCUCUUCAGCAUCUGCCACGACUGAUAGCCGAAAGGAUUUUGACUGCGAUCGUGGUCGUUAGGACAUUAGCGGGCGGCUAUGAAGGCAAGAUCGUUGACUGGCAGCUAGUUUGCCAGAGUUUUCCCAACCAGGACCCGAAAAUCAUCCAAGAGCGGGGGAAGAAUAUUCUCAGCAGAAACCGACUGCAUGUAGCGAAGAUGCAGAGUGACUUUCAGGAACGGUUCAUUGUGGCAUACGCGAAUGGCCAGGUGCCGCCGAUCGAUUAUGAAGACUUGGAGGGAUAUGAUUGGGAGAGGGUUGUCGACUGGGCACAGGCAGAGCUGGACAUUCCCAAGUCCGAGAAGCUGCCGGAUCUUCCUGCUACCAAGGAGCAGUUCGACAGCGUGUUUGAGCUGCGCGAGGAGGCGUCGGUCACGCUGGAUGAACUCUAUCAGAAUACCCAUGGAGUGACUGUGAACCGCAGACGUGCUCUCUACGCAGGCGUUCCUUUCGCCAUCCCCUUGCCUGAGAAGCCGGCUCAACCUACAGCACGACAGGCCGAGCUUGCCCGGUUGCAAGUGGCCAAGACGUGGGUUCGAGCCAACAUCGUCGCACCGGAGGAGUCGUACCGGCCCGCGGAGGCCCGGCAGGCCCUGGCCAAUUUCGGAGGCAGACUUGUCGACGAUGCGCUGCAGUCAUUGACGACGGAGCGGGUAGUAUCGCAGGGCAACAGAGGGCGCAUUACACCGGGCCGCAACUACGACAUCACCGAGUUCUUCCUCCACAUGCUGGGCCGCAGGCGGAACAUCGAGGUUACGCAGCUCCGGCGAGCCGCGCGGUUCAAAACCGGAACCUUGGAUCCGGCACUGCAAAGCACAGGCUCGUUCGCCAUCAACUACCACGCGGAAGACGGCGACAUCCUCGCCCUGAUCAACCUCGCCGCCGAGCGCAGAAUCAUCCUGAAACCGAAGGAUCCCCCACGGGACAAAUUCGGUCUUACAGACGGCGGCUAUUUGACCAGACAAAUGGAUAAAGAUAAGCUGCGCUUCGUCGUCGAGGUGCAACCCGUCGAGGGGUCGUAUCCAUACGGCAACCCGAUCCGGGAGAAAGUCGCCAAUACGCCCCCGCCGUGUCCGCCACGUGCCGCCAUCACCGAAGGCGAAUUCGUCCCGGAGAAGAUUCCCCUGUGGUUUGAUAUCCAUGGCAACUUUGUCAGAGUGCUCUGGGAGUUUGCCGUGGCGGCUGUCGUGGGGAUCGUCGCGGCGCGCCCGGGGAUCAGUGCCAAGGCGACUGCGAGCAUGGUGCAACCGUCGAUGGGAGCGUGGGAGGUGCUGCUCCUGUUCAGAUGGAUGGCGGAUGUGGGGGUUCUACGAAGGGAGAACGAGUAUGAAGAAGCCGUCGAGGAGACGACCGGAUGGCAAGUUCAGGAAUGGUGGUGGAUGGUGUUGGCAUGA